CCUGUUUGACAAAGCCUCGCCCCCCGCCCCCGGUGGCCUGCCUUUUCCCCUGGAUCAAGGAUAAUGCUUCGACAUGGCUCUAGAGGAGAAGAGCAGUACAAAAGAGGAGCAGGAGCUGGCACAAGGGGUGCCACUGGAGGGAACAGUGGAGGAGUAGGGAAAGGAAAACGGAUGGAAGAUGGAAAAGGCGGAGAACGAGAGGAGUUGAAAGACAGCCAUCCGGAGCUUAAGGCAUUGGUGGAGUCCUUUGACCAUGCUGCAAUUGUUUUUUUUUCCGAUAAAGCCUCGCCCCCUGCCCCCGAUGACCUGCCAUCUCCCCUGGAUCAAGGGGAAAGCUCCGACAUGGUUUUGGAGGAAAAGAGCAAUACUAAAGAAGAGCAGGAGGUGGCACAAGGGGUGGAGGGAACAGUAGAGGAGCCAAAGGACACCCUGCUGAUUCAAGCGAAAAAAAAAACCAAAAAGAUUGGGAGUACAGAUGGCGAUACCCGUAAGGCCUUCUAUAAUGCCCUUGUGGAUCUGCUGUGGCGGUUUGGCCAGAAGCAGGGAGCAAGGCGAGUUAUCCUUGAGGCUCAGAAGAGGCAGGUGUUUGGUGAUGGCGGUUUGAAGGUCAACGUGCAGAUAGCAUGCUUACAAGAGUCUCAGACCAAAUUGAAUGUAGACAAGAUCGAAGAAGCUAAGGGCAGUGCGUUAGCUGAUGACUUGACCGUUGCAUGUAUAAACAAGAAAGACUCCCUGGAGAAGUUAAAAAGUGUUCUAGACAAGUUCUGCGAAUUGUCGGAGGCGUCCAUCAAUUGGGACAAGUCAGUAUUUUUUCUACAUCAGCAGUUCACGUCGGAUGUAGAUUGGGGCUUACGGCAGAUUCCUGCGGAUAAGGUGGACAGGUUCCUAAGGGUUCAGGUGACACUCACGAAUUGUUCCAGUACCCAGGAUAAUAUAAUGCUGGAAAAGGUGGUGGCAAGAAUCAAUGGGUGGGUGCAUAACCACCAACUCUCCUUAUUUGGCAGGGUUUUAGUUCUCUCUACAGCGGCCUUCUCGAUUCUCUGGUUCCGGAUGACGAUCCAUUGGCUGGGGGAUGAGGCAUACAAGAUAAUCAGAAGGGUCGCCGCAAAAUACUUAUGGAAGCCUACAGCCACAGAACAACAGAGCUUUAUCGUGAAGGCUGCAUGGGAAAUCGUAUGUUGUGCGAGGGACCAAGGGGGCCUGGGAAUAUUAGACCCCAGAGACCAAAAUAUAGCUCUGUUGGUCAAAUGGCCAGUGGCAGCUUUGGUGGGUGGGGAGGACAAAGACUGGUUGAGACUGGCAGAAGUCAUUCUUAUGAAGGAAUGGUCGCUCAAGGAAGGUUCUCAUGUCUGGCUCUGCUUUCUAAUUGGCUCCUACUGUCAAAGAAGACUGAAGUCACCUCUGUGGCGCAACAUUCUCCAUGCUUGGAAUAAAGUGAGGCCUCAACUGUUGGAGGAACCAAAGUCAAAGGGCAAAAUUUUAAACCAGCUUCUUUUUGAAAACCGGUUCAUCCGGUGUAAUGGGCUGGAUCAACUGAUGGCAGACAGCAAUCCAGGCUCUUUUGGGAGGUCUUGGAUAGAACAUGGGCUGAUCCAACUGAAGGAUAUCGUGGACGAGGAGAAAGAGGAUUGGUUCCCGCUUCCAGAGAUCAAGAGAAGGAUCCCCAGACACAGAUUAGUUCAGCAGAACUACGAGGAGCUCAAACAAGCAAUACCAGCCCAUUGGACCAGGGUGCUUAGCCUAGCCAAAGACAGCGAUUUGAACGCAGGAUGCUGGGUAGAAGAUCCUGGAAACCAGGACAGAGGGCCUCACCACACCACUCUCGAAUCUCGAAAAUAUUCGAGAGCUGUCAGGAUUUUUCGAGAGGCCGGUUUUCGAGAGAAAAUGGCCCUUCGCCACAUAGCACACUAGACCGGCCUCUCGAAAUGGACGAACUCGAGCACGUACAGGCGGCAUCACGAACAAACGGCCUGACAACUC